AUGACUCAAUUAACUCUAGCGUCCACAUAUAAAAUGAAGUCGGGGUACGAGAUUCCCGUUCUGGGCUUUGGGGCCGUCGUGGCUAUUGUCCAUGCACUAAAAGCCGGAUACAGACAUUUUGAUUCUGCACGCAUGUAUGACAGCGAAAAGGCCUGUGGGGAAGUAAUCAGGCUAUCGGGCAUCCCUCGCGAGGAGAUUUUCGUAACCACCAAAGUCCGCAAGGGCGGAUACAAAGAGACCAAGAAGGCUGUUGAGAAGAGUCUUCAGGAAACGGGUCUGGACUACAUCGACUUAUAUCUCAACCAUAGCCCGUACGGCGGCUCAGAGGCGAGAAAAGGAACGUGGAAGGCCUUGGUAGAAGCAAAAAGCGAAGGGAAGAUUCGAUCUGUUGGAGUGUCCAACUAUGGCGUGCACCAUCUUGAGGAGACACUGGCAUACAUCAAGGAGCUUGAGGGCGAGCUUGGCGAAGGAAAUGCAGGGGAGAUUAGCGUUGGCCAGUGGGAGCUGCAUCCCUGGCUGCCACACCCAGACAUUGUCGAAUGGUGCAAUAAGCAUGGAGUUGUGGUAGAGGCGUAUUGCCCGAUUGCCAAGGGACAGAGAUUCGAGGAGCCGCAAGUGCAGGCUCUUAUGAAGAAGUAUGGGAAGACGGGGGCACAGAUUUUAUUGCGGUGGAGUCUACAAAAGGGCUUUGUCCCUUUGCCAAAGAGUGAGACACCUUCUAGAAUUGAAGCUAAUACGGAGCUCUACGAUUUUGAAUUGACGGAAGAGGAUAUGGCAACGCUGGAUAUUGACUCUUAUUCCCCAACGACAUGGGAUCCUACAGUCAGCCCUCUUGAUAAUUAAAGGGAGUAAAGUUCACCCCCCAAAAUACAUCUCUUGGAAAAAUGUAGAGCAAUGGGAAUAGGUCUUUAACGUGGACUAGAGUCAUUAUUACACUAAAAGACGGG